AUGAGUAGCGGAGGUAGCCGGAGUGGAGGAAGAACAAGUAACGGCGGUGGUCGUGAUGUUUCGAAAGUGAAAGUGAAGGUGGACGUGAAAAUUGUGCGUCCUCCUUGUCCAGCACGUCCGAAGAUCGUCGUUCCACGGCGUCAAGGAGCGGUCAACGUUACGAAGGUGGUAAAUGUUACGAACGUCGUCAAUAACACCGUAGUGGUGGCGCCUAAACCUAAGCCUAAGCCUAAGCCUAAUCCUACACGGGUGGUGGAGCCUAAGCCUAAGCCUACACGAGUGGUGGAUCCUAGGACGACGCGGCCCACGGCGGCUCCAUCGUCAAGUCAUGGUGGUGGGAAUAUAUCUUGGGAGGCCUAUUUUAGAUCUGGGGUUGCAAUUAAUUGGAAUAAUCAAGAGGUCAGAAAUCAGGCUAAUCGACUUGGUAUGAAUAUACGAGGAGGAUCGUCUUCCCGUGGUGGUGGUGGUGGUGGACAGUGGUGUUUUAAUGCAUUUGGACAACGGGUGUGGAUGUCCUAG